UUUUUCGGAAAUCAGUUAUUCAGCUCACCUCGACGAAGAAGGUUGUCUUUUCUCGUGUUUUUUUCGCAAAGAAAAUCCCACUGAAUUCCUCUCAUUGUACCGCAAUUCAUCUGCCAGUUUUGUGCUCUGUGAAAUCCAGAAAAAAAUCCUUGUGCAAAAUAGAGUGUGCUGUGCAGGAGAAUAAAACAGUGUUGAUGGUGCUCUGAGAAGGAUAAUAUAGGCUGGAAUUUUACCUGUUGAUUCACCUUUGUUGCUGAGGAAGAAGCACCUGAAGACACGAAAGAGAGUGCGAGAGAAGAUUGGAAGAUGCCUUGCUCCGCUGUAACACUAUCUUUAGCCACCAUUUUAUCCAUCAUAGCUGUAGCUUUGUUGGCCAUCGCAUUCUCCACCGACAAUUGGCUCAGCUAUGAAGUCAAGAGACACAACAUCCAGUCUUAUGCAGCCAAAUAUUCAGAUUCUCAGUCAUUGUUGGAAAAUAUGAACUCCAAGUACUAUUUCUACACUAGAACUCGAGGACUGUUCCGGAUAUGUUAUCCAAAAGAGCGACCUCCUUCUUCAUCAGUUGAGAUAUACUUAUCACCCGUAGAGACGCAUUGUUCCAAUAUUGACUAUUUCCCGACCAACAAUGAGGACAAAGUUGUGGCACCAAAUGACGAUUCGAUGGCGAGACUUCACUUGGCACGUACCUGCAUUGCACUCUUUAUUCUCAGCUUUGUGGCAGUUUUCUGCGCCUUCUGGACUGGAUUAUCGGGAUGUUGGAAGAGAUCAGCAGGUGCAAUCACGGCCACGGCCAUUCUUAUGCUAUGCGCGUGCCUUUUAGCAGCCGGAGCCAUGGGACUCUGGCAUACUGUGGAGUUCUUUGAGAAGGAAAAAGUAGUUGGAGAAGAGUUCUAUCAGCAAUGGAGUACGGUUUUGCGCGACAAUACACGAAUUUCCUACGAUUGGUCAUAUAUUGUGGCAUGGGCAGGUGUAGCAUCGAGUCUUGUGGCAGCAAUUCUUCUGUCAGGAGCUGCUGUAUGCCUUCGGAGUGAGCGUGAAAAGGAGGAACAGCUCAAUUUGCAGUAUUUGAUGCCAGUUUACCCACAGAAACAACCACCAUACCCUUAUGGGGCAGGAUAUCCUCAGCCUCAGAUCUAUCCUGGACCUUACUACCAUGGAUCCCAAUAUGGACCGUACAACUACUGAAAAUCAUUCCAUUUUGUGUUGUAAAUAAUCUCUCUAACGUCUUCCAAUUGGCUUCUCCAUUCAUCAACUGAUUUUGUCAUUCAGGAAGUUUUCUUUUAUUAAGGGGGAAGUUUCUUGCGAUGAUAAAUUCCACAUUGACUACAAAUUCUGCCUCUAACAAGACGAUGAAAAAGAUGAUACAAUAAUCCCUCGUUGAGGGGAGGGAAAGUGUUUUUUUUUAUUUUAAAAUUAUCAAUUCUUAUUUGUUUAAGGUUACAAGAUAUAAAAAAGACGAACGACGACUAAUCGUAAAAAUUUAAAAGUUGCUAAUUCUACAGUUAAUAAAUUGUUUAGUUAGGAAGUUUUAAUUGUAAUUGUGUAAUAACUAAAAAAAAAACAGAAGAGAAAUGAAGGAUAAAAAAGGAAUAAAUUGGUGGCCUCAGAAUACGUAAGAUAUAAAAAAAAGAAUGAGAAGGAGUGAAUUAAGAAAAAUGAACAAAACUUCCAACUGAAAUGGCUUUCCAAAUUGUUCUGUAAAUAUAUUCAACAUUCACAGAUUAUUUAUAAUUGAAAUAGGAUUAGUUAUUUUUAGUUUAUUAUUAUUAAAAUUUAAAAAGAAAAAUACUUUUUUUCCAUGUUGCUCUCCGAAACAUUAGAAAAUUACUCAAGUUCAUUGUAAAGCAAAAUUUCAAUACAUUCCAUUUAUUUUUUAAACAGUUAGCACUUAUGAAGAAUCCUUCUACCUCGUUUGUUGAACAUGGUGUGAAAAAAAGGAAGAUGGAUAAUCAACGAUAGGGAAUCUCUAAUCAAAUCGAGGUGUAACAUUAAAUUAAAGACUGAAUUGUUGUUAAAAUGGCGAAAAAAUUCAGUGUCUUUAAUCCCACUAUUUAUUGCGGUAUCAUAGAAAAAACAUGUAUUAGAUGAAUAUAGACUUUCUAGAGAUGCUAAAUUUAUGUAUUUGGACAAGUUCAAUCGAAUAAAAAACAUUUUUAUAUUAAA